GGCACUGGAUCCCUGUGGACGCGGUGCGUUUCGCCGGCACACACUUUCACAGACACACUCACAUACACACACGUACUCGCACAAUAUACUCGCGAUCGCGCGCACGCCGUCCGCCGCGCUGCAGUUUUCGUCCGACCAGCGAUACACCGUCCGCAAACGCUUACGGGAGCGCACGUGCCGGGCACGACAUACGACAAAAUACCUUAUAAUUAUUACAAUAAUAACAAUAUAUAGUGAUAUUAUAACGGUCGCUUCACCACACGUCUAAAAUAAUAACAAUAAUAAUAUGCAAUAAUAUGCAAUAAUAUACCUAAUAUAUUAUAAUAUUGUGUUUGUCGUUAUAAAUAAUUAUUACCGAUACACGCGCGACAGUGAAAUAAAAUAUUAGAACAUCAUUAAUUCGCGUAUAUACGCACGCAUAGCUACGACGACGACAACAACGACGGCCGCAGCGGGUGCAGAUGUGCAGCGCGCGAUGAGCGCGGCCGCCAAAGACAAGACGAUGCCGCAACGGUCGCCGUUCGCCAUACAGGAGCUGUUGGGCCUGACCGACAGCAACAGGAGCCCGGCGGCCGCCGUGUCGGCCGUCACACCCCAGUACCCGCAACCGCCGGCGCCGCCGUCGGCGCCAGGGCCCGCCGGCCCGUCGUCGUGCUUUGCCGCUGACCGGGACGCCAGCCGGAUGCACCACCACGGCCACCAUCACGGCCACCACCACGGUCACCACCACCACAGCCACCACAGCCAGAUGGUGGCCAGCCGGUUCGCGUACUUCAACGCCCAGGCCGCCGUGGCCGCGGCGUUUCUACCGCACAACAUGAACUCACUGGCCGCCGCCGUGGGCAUGACCGCCGCCGCGGCCGCCAACAACAACGGCGGAGCGCCGCUCUCGCUUACCUCCAAUCACGCAGCCGCCGCUGCAGCCGCCGCCGCUGCCGGAUUUUCACAACUACAAAAGAAUCCAGCGUUCAGUCCCAACAGCUGCAUGUCAGAUUCUGAGUGGAUCGCGGAAGCUAUUGGUUAUACAAUGACGGGAUUAAGUCAUUUAAACCAUCAAGAAUCGGGCAAGGACUACAGUAAUGAAGCCAUGACAACAUCAUUUGGUUCCAACAAGAAGAAGAAAAAAAGAAGGCACAGGACAAUAUUUACCAGUUACCAAUUAGAAGAAUUAGAAAAAGCUUUCAAAGAUGCUCAUUACCCGGACGUCUAUGCAAGAGAAAUGUUAUCCUUAAAAACAGAUUUGCCCGAAGAUCGAAUACAGGUCUGGUUCCAGAACCGGCGAGCCAAGUGGCGAAAGACCGAAAAGUGUUGGGGAAGAAGCACGAUAAUGGCUGAAUAUGGACUUUACGGUGCUAUGGUCAGACAUUCAUUACCACUGCCGGAGACUAUCCUGAAAAGUGCAAAGGAGAAUGAAUGCGUCGCGCCCUGGUUGCUCGGCAUGCAUCGCAAGUCGAUCGAGGCGGCGGACCAGUUGAAAGAUGACAACACCGUUUGCAGCGGUGCCAGCCAAAAGAGCGACAAGGAGGAAGACGAUGACGACGAAGAGGACGACGAAGACGAUGACGAAGAGAACCACCCCUGCAAGAGGCCGGCCAGGACGAGUCCGGAGACGGCGACGGACAUGUCGUCACCGCAGCGGCACCAACAGCAGCAGCUGCAGCAGCAACAACAACAACAGCAACAACAACAAGACGCUGCAGUCGCGCAGGACCGACAGCAACAGCAGCAGCAGCAGCAACAGCAACAGCAGCAACAGCAACAACAGCAGCAGUGCGCGGCCAACGCUGAAGCCCACCGACGGAUCCAGCAAGAAAUACGAUCCCAGAUGGAGCAACACCACGCGGCCGUCAUGCAAUUGGCCGCCAAUCGGGCGCAGGACUCGGAAGAGUUCCGGAACAACAGCAUCGCGUGCCUAAGGGCUAAGGCGCAGGAGCACAGCGCCAAGAUACUCAGUCUGUCGGCGGACGCACUCAUGUUGGUCAACAACAACGGCGGCGGGUUCCGCAGCCGGAACGCCGCGACCGCGGUGGCCGUGGCCGCGGCCGCUGCGGCAGCUGCCGACGUAGCCAUGGCGUCGUCCGGCGGUGGCCAAGUGCUGGCCGACUGCGACGCCAACGCCAACAACGUGAGGGGCGUGAACCACCACCAACAGCAACAGGCGGUCGGCUCCGACAUAAUGGUCACGUCUUCCGACACGUCGUCGUCGAUGUUCUAAUCGCCAUUAUGAUUUACUGCAAAACGUAUUAUGUAUAUUAUUAUUAAUAUUAUUAUUAUUAUUGUGUACAUUUUAUUAUUAUUAAAUAAUUAUUUAGAGUAGUCGCGCGUAAAAUGCAGACAUGUCGGCGAACGCCACAACGCAAUUUAUUAUGAAGUGCGUAGGUUUAACUGGUUAUAUAUUGCAGUCGCAGCUGUGGGUCCGUUUAGACGCAGGUUAUCUACCUGUACCGUGUUAUAUACCAGGCGAUUUCGGGUAACCUAACUUGCUAAACGAAAGCCGAAUGUAGCUGGUUGUUAGCUCGACAAAUGGGUUCUAAAAAUAAUUAUGCGAGUGUCGGCUGUUGUAGUGUACUACCUCGCACUAAAACCUAACGAUUUAUGUAUACACCAUGAUGAUCAUCGCCAGGAUCUCAUAAUCGGACGUUUGUCAAAUAUCCUUUUGUUUUUACAGUAUCAUUUCAAACAUCCAACGCAAUGUCAAAGGGGUCUUGCAAUACAUAAUAAUUAUAAUAUAUUAUUGCAAAUAUUCGAUCGACCAUCGGCGAAUUCGCAACAAACCGCGGUGGCGAACACACUCGAAAAUAAUUUGCGAUUAGGGUAG